AUGAGCGACACGGACGGUGAGAAUGACGCCGACGCUGGCUCGAGCCAGGGGCCGCCAUCAAGCGGGCGAAAGGUCGCCUGCAGUCAAUGUCACCAACGAAAGGUCAAGUGUGACCGUGAACACCCCUAUCUCGCGUGUUUAACGACUGGUCGGGAUUGUACCGGUUCCCCUGCCCCGGGUCCACGACGGCCUAGACGGCAGAACAACCAUGUGCUCCGUGCAAAACUCGAGAGCCUCGAGUCGCUCCUUCAGCAAUGUAUUGAGUCCCAACACACGGGUAUUGAAAAGCACCCUCUCAAAUCGGCCGUUCCAGAUGGCCUUUCCCCAACGGCGCCGCGACCUACGGAGAGCGACGACGAGGCGAAACAACCGAAGGGUUACCUCGUGCAAACACGAAGUGGCGGCGUGGAAUUCCGUAGUGGAAAGAUCUCCUCACUCGUCUUCCAUGAUGAACAUUACGAUCUCUUAGGAAGAACCAAGACUGACACCAUGGCCAUGCUCAGCCGGGGCUUCAAAGCGACAAUAACGCAGCUUAACUAUGUCAGCAAAUACAAUCCUGAGGUUCCGAGGGCCCUCAUAUUCUACUCGCUCGCGCGGCAGGGCGCUCAGCGACGGUCUUGCGACCCCUGGAUCCUACAUGGUCUCAUUGUCAAUAUUGCUUACAGUCUCGGUCUUCACAUUGAUGGCGAAGGUACAGGCCUCUCACCUUUUGAUUUUGUAAUGCGGAGCCGCCUGUGGCGGCAGGUUGUACUUGUGGAGCUCGAAGUCAAGCACACAGUAGCUGCGGGCGUUGGGACGUUUCUCAUGCGGAAGCUCUCAAACACCAAGCUCCCCUCGAAUCUCGAUGACCGCGAACUCGAUCCCCACAUGGUUACACUUCCCCAGAGUCACAACCGACCGACUGACAUGAGCUUUUGUCUGACAGCGUAUGAGCGCUGCUUCUGGAUGGCCGGCAAGCUGCAACAGAAGGAAAUCCACCUCGUUGAUGAGCUCAUCUUCUCCGACCCCAGCCGGGAAGUUGACGAGGCGGUCACCAAAAAGCGUAGUGACGCGCGAGACUAG